AUAACACACUUUCCUCCCUCCACUUGCAUUCCAAUUUUACCUAUAUCUUAUCAGUUAAACAUAUCCAUGGCCAUCAUCAACGCUUUUGGAAACAUUGAUCUCUAUGUUUUUUUACUGUCAUGGUUUCUCGUAUCUGCCGUGUGCGUUUGGGGACGACCAGCCACUUUUUUGCAAGACUUUCAAAUCUCCUGGUCAGAGUCUCAUAUCAAGCAAAUUGAUCAGGGCAGGGCCAUCCAACUCAUUCUCGACCAAAACUCUGGUUGCGGUUUUGCUUCCAAGAGUAAGUACAUGUUUGGCCGUGUUAGCAUGAAAAUCAAACUUGUACCUGGAGAUUCUGCAGGAACCGUCACUGCAUUUUAUAUGAACUCUGACACCGACACUGUACGUGAUGAGCUGGAUUUUGAGUUCUUGGGGAACCGUAGUGGUCAGCCUUACACAGUUCAGACAAAUAUCUACGCUCAUGGAAAAGGGGAUAGAGAGCAAAGGGUGAACCUCUGGUUUGAUCCUUCCGCGGAUUUUCACACCUACACUAUCAUGUGGAAUCAUCACCAUAUUGUGUUCUACGUUGAUGAUUUUCCCAUUAGAGUGUACAAGAACAAUGAAGCGAAGGGAAUCGCAUACCCAAAGAUGCAGGCUAUGGGAGUGUAUUCGACGUUGUGGGAAGCUGAUAACUGGGCAACAAGAGGGGGAUUGGAGAAAAUCGAUUGGAGUAAGGCACCAUUUUAUGCAUAUUACAAGGACUUUGACAUUGAAGGGUGCCCAAGUCCAGGACCUGCUAACUGUGCCUCUAAUCAAAGUAAUUGGUGGGAAGGAGCUACAUACCAAGCUCUUAAUGCCAUGGAAGCUCGAAGGUACAGGUGGGUUCGUCUUAACCAUAUGAUCUAUGAUUACUGCCAAGAUAAGCCAAGGUACACGGUCAUCCCACCAGAGUGCCUUGCCGGCAUUUAAACCCAAAAUUCACUUCAAUUCUCCAUUCUCUGCUGUAAAAAACUAUAUAUAUCUAUAUAUAUAGUUUCAGUUUAUCCCAUGUCCCACGUCUAUCCAAUUAUUUCAAGUCUUCCGUAAAAACACGUGAAAUAAAUGUACAACAACAAAACUAAAGGUAAAUAAUUGGUCCCCAUACCCAUGGAUAAAUUCAAAUCAACGCUUUCAUUUUGUUGUUGUUUUGUUUUGGGGGAGAGGGCAAAUGAUUCCCGUGUCUGUGGGGACGAGGGCUGUGUUCGACUACAAGAGUAUAAGUCAAAAGCCAUUUCUGUAUCCAUUAUGCAAUUGUAUUUUAGUGCGAAUGAUUGACGAUGAUA